ACUGCGAGCUCCGCUGACAUUCCCAACCAGCACUGCUGGAGAGAAGAGUGUGUGAUUUAGCAGGAAGGAGGGAGUGUGAAACCGCUCUCUAAAGCUAGCAUUUAAAGCUUACAGGACCCAAAGCUGCCUUCAUUGUUGAGGUAGAAGAAGAAAAACAAGAGGGGAGAAAGUUGAGAAGAGCAGCUGGUCUGGUUUGUUUCUACCAGAGGUGAAGAAGAAAAAGAGGCCAACAUGUCCAACGCUCUGCUGAGGAGAAACUCCAGCAAACAAGGUUUACAGAACCUGAUGAGGCUGACAGCUCAGAGGAGCGUCGAGGAUGCUGAGGAGGUGGAGCGGGAGCGUCGACGACGAGCUCGGGAGGCGUCACGCUGGACGAACGGCGGCUCGCUACACGCAGAGUCUUCAUCAGAGAACGAGACGCCGGCAGAGGAGAGCAUGUACGACGGCGGCCUAAAGCCCAGCAGCUCCCCGUCUCUGGAGGAGGACGAAGGCUUCAGCGACUGGACUCAACGGAGGGAGAAACAGAGGCAGCAGCGCCUGCAGGAGCUCAGCCAGGGAGGAGAGGAGGAGGAGGAAGAGGAGGUCAUGUUGAACAAAAGUAUGCCCGCAAAGGCUUCGAGCGCAUCACACAGACGAGUCCAGAGGCAGGAGCAGGAGGAAACGGAGAGGAGGAAGGAGCGUGAGGAGGAGGAGGCCAAGAGGGAGAGAGAGAGGGAGGAAGAGGAGAAGAGGAGGAGAGAUGAGGCCAUGAUGAAGAGGAGGGAGGAAAGUCAGAGGCCAAAUAAAGAGGUGGAGAAAAGAAAAGAAGUUAAAAUCUCCUACACAUCCAAAGUUUUUGUCCAGCAAGAGCCAAAACACAGCAACGGAGACGCAACCAGCGAGGAAGUGAUGUCGUACACGAAGAACAAGACAAAACGGAGCAGCAGCAGGAGCUCGGAUCCGGAGGAGUCGGAGGCCAUCCUGGAGACGGAGCAGCGCCUGGAGAAGAUCCGGCAGGGCCUCCAGCAGAAGGAGAGCCAGGAGCUGGAGCAGCUGAGACACCGACAGGCCGAGGCCGAGCAGGAGCUGGAGGAGUUGAAGAGGAGGAGGGAGGACAGACGGAGAGUUAGGGAGGAGGAGGAGAGACGGAGGCAGGAGGAAGAGCAGCAUCGGCUGGCCAAAGAAGAGGAGGAGAGGAGACAGAUGAAGGAGGACAUUGAGAGGAGGAGGAUGGAGGCAGCAGAGAGGAUGAAGAUCCUGAGUGUGGAUGGAGACGAGACAUUCAGCCCGUUCAGCCCCAAAGCUCCCACACACAAGAUCACAGAGAGAACAGAGUCCCUGAACCGCUCGCUCAAGAAAAGCAACAGCUUUAAGAAGACUCAGCCGCUCGUCCUGCUGCCCAAGAUCGACGACAAGAUGGAGCAGUACGCUCACGCCGUGGAGGAGACGCGGGCAGUGAAGGCACCAUUGAACGACCUGCCGACCAGCUCACCUGAGGUCGUCGCCUCCAAGAAAAACCUGUUUGAGGCUGGAGAGGCCUGGAGCCAGAGCCCCAGCAAGGGAGCUAGCUGCAAGGAGACGGAGGGUUUGAAGGUGGGCGUGGCCAAUCGUAUCACUCAGUGGGUUAAAGGUCCAUCUGACGGCGGCAGACAGUCUCCCUGCAGACCAGCAGAUGUGAAGCCUGGAGACGUGAUGCAGAAGAAGAACAUGUGGGAGGGGAUCAGAGACUCGUCAGAGCGGGCGGGGGGCCGAGCAAAGGGAUCAGCAGCCACUAAAAAGUACAAGUUUGUUGUCACCGGUCACGGAAAAUACGAAAAGAUCGCCGUAGACGACGAGGACGGAGGAGCGUUCAGCAACGGGAAAUCUGAUUCAUGCCAUGGUUAUUACUGAGGAGUUUCCAUCCUGAUCCACACAAGCAUCCUCUGUCUCGGACUAGGGCAGCAUUUCAAGACUCAGUAUUUUAUUUUUGUCCAAAUAAAUCUCUUUUCCGACUCUUUAAAAAUGGACAAGUCCAAACCAUCAUCUCCAGUCUGAUCAUAAUUGUCCAUAUUUGUCUAUUUUCUUCUUUGCUUUUGUAUUCUCUGAUGUUCCUUUAAUUAUGUAUAUAUCUGACUGUGAGCUUUAAAUGUAUGUUUGAUUCCUUAUGUGUGAAAACGUAAAGUUCUGUUAGACUGAAAAGUUUUCAUUUUCAAUCAUGUAAUGUUAUUGCACGUCAGGUUUACUUUAUCUGCUGUUCACAUACUCUUUGGCUUUAAAAUCAAUACAAAAACAUAGAAACAUGGAGGAGUUCACAGUUGUAAUGUCGUCCUGGUGAAAAUGCAGGGACUAAAAGUAUAAAGAUUGACUGAAUUAUGGCUCGACACUUUCUGCACCAAAAACUGGUUUAUCUGCUGAAUCUCGACAACUCUCAUUAUUUUCUCUACAAGCUCUAUUUUAUGUUUGUCUUUUAGUUAAACCGUCUUCAUCAGUGUCCGUCUGUACUACUGCACACCUUUGUCUUUAUGUUCUUUAAUUCAAAUUUCUUUGUGUUUAUAACCCUUUUUCUUAAAUAAAUUAAAAAGAUUUCCUA